AUGUUGAAACAAUUUGUUAAACAACUUACCGUCUCAUCCAUGCGAAAAUUUUCUACCAGUGGACAGAAAAAUUUUCGAGUUGCUGUGUGCGGUGCGUGUGGUGGCAUUGGGCAGCCAUUAUCCUUAUUAUUAAAAAGAAAUCCACUGAUUUCUGAGUUACGGCUAUAUGAUAUCUCACGCGUUCCCGGUGUGGUUGCGGAUCUGGCACACGUUGACACGAAAGUCCGAGUGUGUGGCUUCAUGGGACCAGAUGAAAUUUGUGGCGCCUUGGAAUGUGUCGAUGUUGUUGUUGUAUCUGCGGGGGCUCCUCGUAAGCCCGGCAUGUCUCGUGACGAUCUCUUCAAGAUCAAUGCUUGUACUGUAAAGGAUAUAACUAAAGCCAUUGUAGCGAAAUGUCCCAAAGCACUUGUUGCCAUUAUUACUAAUCCUGUUAACACUUGCGUCCCCAUUGCAGCUGAGAUAAUGAAGAAUGAUGGCGUCUACGAUCCGAAACGCUUAUUCGGCGUGUGCACUUUAGACAUUGUGCGUGCUCGUACUUUUAUUGGUGAAGUUAAUGGCGUUGACCCCAAAAAAGUUGAUAUUUCCAUUAUUGGCGGUCAUUCCGGUGUUACUAUUAUACCUGUUUUAUCGCAGGCGAAUCCUGCCUUUAAAGGUGAUCAAGCUGCCAUUGAAAAGAUGACAAAGCGCAUACAAGAAGCCGGUACAGAGGUGGUUACAGCUAAGGCUGGAGUAGGUUCGGCUACGUUAUCUAUGGCCUACGCAGCCCAUAGGUUUACUAAUUCUUUGCUUAAGGGCUUAAAGGGCGAGAAAAACGUGAUGGAGUGCUCAUAUGUAGAGUCCAGUGUUACCGAAGCUAGCUUCUUCUCUACACCUUUGGUUCUGGGUAAAAAUGGAAUCGACGCAAAUUGCGGACUGCCUAAACUGAGUGAGUAUGAAAAGAAACUGUUGGAGAAGGCCAUACCGGAAAUAAAAAAGGAUGUUCAGAAGGGCAUUGAAUUUGCCAAAAAAUAA